AUGUCCACUACCACGCCCUCCGAAUCACCGUCCUCCAGUCUGGGCUCCCCGUUUUGGAUCCUGAGACUCUUCCGCUUCCUGCAGCUGCUCUCCACCUGUGUGGCCUUCUCCCUGGUGGCCCGCGUGGGCACCUGGAGCGAGGCCAUAAGUAAUUGGUACCUGUUCAUCUGGUGCUUCUGCUUCGUCCUGACCCUCAUCAUCCUCAUAGUUGAGUUAUGUGGGCUCCAGUCCUGCUUCCCCCUCUGCUGGUACAACUUUUCCAUCAACCAUGCCUGCCACGCCACCCUCUUCUGCCUCUCGGCCUCCAUCGUCUUUGCCAUCACCUACGUCCAGUUCUUGCCUCAGGGCCCCACCCGGGACCACGCCAUCGCUGCCACCGCAUUCUCCUGCAUCGCUGCUGUGGCUUAUGCCACCGAAGUGGUCUGGACCUGGGCCUGUUACCUGCCAGGUGAGCUCACCAGUUUAAUGGGUACCAUGCAUAGCCUGCUCAAGCUUCUGCAGAAUUUCGUGGCCAGUGUCAUCUUCGCCUUCAUCUGCAGCCCCCACCUGUGCCAGCCCCAGCCGGCCCUGGUGUGGUGCGUGGCCGUGUACCCCAUCUGCUUCCUCCUGGGGACCAUAGCCCUCCUGCUGGGCUUGGUUGACUGCGACAAUAGGCAGCCCAUCUUCUGCAUUUUCCUGUUGGGGCUGAGUCUGCUCUCCGUCCUCCUCUACGCCAGUGCCCUGGUCCUCUGGCCGCUGUACCAGUUCAGCAAGAAGUUCGAUGGCCAGCCCCAGUGGUCCAGCGAUGUGAGCUGCAGUGAUGAGCUCCCCUCCACGAUGUGCAUCUACAACCAACAACUGGCUGUGGCCAUCCUGACAGCCAGCAACCUCCUGACUUAUGUGGCCGACACAGCGUACUGGGCCCGCCUCGUUUUUGUCGGCACUGAGGAUCAUCCCAGGGGCUCCCAAUUCCCACUUUUCUCUGAGUUCUUCUGUCCCCUGGCAGCCACGGGAGAUGGCAGGGUCGAGGCUGGAUCCGUGACAGGUGUCCACCUGGCGGUGCUCAGCCCUUAG